GCGCGAGACGAGGAUCGCACGGCCGCGCGAGGGGCGACCGGGCCGGGGCCGCUGCACGCCGAGGGCGGAGGCCGAGCCGGGCCCCUGCGCGCCCCGGCGGCUCGCCGCGCCCACCCCGCUCCGUGUCGAGGGCUGGAGCAUGAGUUCCCCGGGGUCCGGAUUUAUGAAAAUAUGCAUCAGUUUAAUACUGUCUUGGAAUUCAUGAGAUGGAAGCAUAGGUCAAAGCUGUUUGGAGAAAAUUGGAAGUACAGUUUUAUCUAGCCACAUCUCUGAGACUUUCCAAAAGGCCUCAUUGUGUCUCACCCAUCACAAGUUCUCACAGCGGGGACUCCAGGGCAGGCUUCUGGAGAAAGCAGUGGAAGUUGGAGUCAUUGUCAAGUGAUUGAGACCUUGUACAAGGAAAUCUCGUUGAAUGAAAAUCAUUUAAAUCAGUGACGUAACAAGACCAAUUAUUAAAGGUGACAGUGUACAGAAAACAUUAGAAUUGAACAAUGACUCAGCUGUAUAUUUACAUCAGAUUAUUGGGAGCCUAUCUGUUCAUCAUUUCUUUUGUUCAAGGGCAGAAUCUAGACAGUAUGCUCCACGGUACUGGGAUGAAAUCAGACUCAGACCAGAAAAAGUCAGAAAAUGGAGUAACUGUAGCACCAGAGGAUACCUUACCUUUUUUAAAGUGCUAUUGCUCAGGACACUGCCCGGAUGAUGCUAUUAAUAACACAUGCAUAACUAAUGGGCAUUGCUUUGCUAUCAUAGAAGAAGAUGACCAGGGAGAAACUACGUUAGCUUCAGGGUGUAUGAAAUAUGAAGGCUCUGAUUUUCAGUGCAAGGAUUCACCAAAAGCCCAGUUACGCCGGACGAUAGAAUGUUGUCGAACCAAUUUAUGUAACCAGUAUUUACAACCUACGCUGCCCCCUGUUGUUAUAGGUCCUUUUUUCGAUGGCAGCAUUCGAUGGCUGGUUGUGCUCAUUUCUAUGGCUGUCUGCAUAAUUGCUAUGAUCAUCUUCUCCAGCUGCUUUUGUUACAAACAUUAUUGCAAGAGCAUCUCAAGCAGACGUCGUUAUAAUCGUGAUUUGGAACAGGAUGAAGCGUUUAUUCCAGUUGGAGAAUCAUUAAAAGACCUUAUUGACCAGUCACAGAGUUCUGGUAGUGGAUCUGGACUACCUUUAUUGGUUCAGCGAACUAUUGCCAAACAGAUUCAGAUGGUUCGGCAAGUUGGUAAAGGCCGAUAUGGAGAAGUGUGGAUGGGUAAAUGGCGUGGUGAAAAAGUGGCAGUCAAAGUGUUUUUUACCACUGAAGAAGCUAGCUGGUUUCGAGAAACGGAAAUCUAUCAAACUGUGCUAAUGCGCCAUGAAAAUAUACUUGGUUUUAUAGCAGCAGACAUUAAAGGUACAGGUUCCUGGACUCAGCUUUAUUUGAUUACUGACUACCAUGAAAACGGAUCUCUCUAUGAUUUCCUGAAGUGUGCUACACUAGACACCAGAGCCCUGCUCAAGUUGGCUUACUCGGCUGCCUGUGGUCUGUGCCAUCUCCACACAGAAAUUUAUGGCACCCAAGGAAAGCCUGCAAUUGCUCAUCGAGACCUAAAGAGCAAAAACAUCCUCAUCAAGAAAAAUGGAAGUUGCUGUAUUGCUGACCUGGGCCUUGCUGUGAAAUUCAACAGUGAUACAAAUGAAGUUGAUGUACCCUUGAAUACCAGGGUGGGUACCAAACGCUACAUGGCUCCAGAAGUGCUAGAUGAAAGCCUGAAUAAAAACCAUUUCCAGCCCUACAUAAUGGCUGACAUCUAUAGCUUUGGCCUGAUCAUUUGGGAAAUGGCUCGUCGUUGUGUCACAGGAGGGAUAGUAGAAGAGUACCAACUGCCAUAUUACAACAUGGUACCCAGUGAUCCAUCAUAUGAAGAUAUGCGUGAGGUUGUGUGUGUCAAACGUUUGCGGCCAAUUGUUUCUAAUCGAUGGAACAGUGAUGAAUGUCUACGAGCAGUUUUGAAGCUAAUGUCAGAAUGCUGGGCCCACAAUCCAGCCUCCAGACUUACAGCUCUGAGAAUCAAGAAGACGCUUGCCAAGAUGGUUGAAUCCCAAGAUGUAAAGAUUUGACAGUUAAACAAUCAUGAGAAGAAAUUCUACACUGCAAGAACUGUUUUCACCCAAGGAACGGGUGGAAUUACAGUCGAGUUAGGAUGUUAACUUGGUUCUCAGACUCUUUCCUCACUACACCUUCACAGGCUGCUAAUAUUAAACCUUUCAGUACUCUGUAGAAUACAAGCUGGGAACUUCUCAACACUUCAUUCUUUAUAUAUGGACAGCUUUAUUUUAAAUGUGGUUUUUGAUGCCUUUUUUUUUUAUUGGGUUUUUAUGAACUGCAUCAAGACUUCAAUCCUGAUUAAUAAGUCUCCAGUCAAACUCUGGGUACUGAAUUACUUGUUCAUAAAAUGGUGCUUUCUGUGAAAGCCUUGAGAAGAUAAAUGAAUUCAGCAGAGAUGGAGAAUAUACACUUUUGCCUUCUACUGGGGAAAUUUAAUCUAUUUGUAUUCUACCUUUGUAAACAACCUAUGGAUUAUGAUCUGUUUGGGAUACUGUUUAGUUUACGAUGGUUUGUCAUGCCUUGAUAAUGGUGUGUGUGUGUACACACGUGCACACCAGGAUUCCUCUGCUGCCAUUUGAAUUAGAAGAAAAUAAUUUAUGAAUGCACGGGAAGAUAUUGGUGGCUGUUGGUUUUGUGCUUUAAAAAUGCAUUAUCUGACCAAGAUUUGCCAAUCACUUAAAAGCCAUUUACCUUGCAAGUGAGCUAGCUUCUCCACCAACUUUAUUUUUUAACAUAAAAGUUGAUAUAAAGGCCAAAAGAAGUUUAAAGUGUCUGUAAAUUUGGACUAUUUUCCUCUUACCACCAUCUUUUCUCUUUUUUUUUUUUUAAUUAUUAUUUUUGUCAUGAAAAGCAUCCUAUCCAAAGUUGGGACUUUCAAUUCCGUGAACCUUCUAAAGAAAAACACUUCUUAGUGAAGUGAAUUACUAAUUACUGCAUUUGAUAACAAUGUAAGUGCCUAUAACCAUGUUCUGUAUUCUUUAUUCUCAGUAACUUUUAAAAGGGAAGUUAUUUAUAUUUUGUGUGUAAUGUGCUUUAUUUGCAAAACAUCUACUCCUUUAAAACCAUAUUUUAUGUAUGUACAUAUAUUCAUGCUAUAGAAACCAGCUCCCAGGUACCUCACAUCCCAUCCUUAAGGGAGAAAAUUAAAAGAUCAUCAGAAAAAAUGUUAUAAAAUAGAACUACAUGUAAAUUUUCAGAAUUAAUGCAUUCAAAAUAGUAUAUCAAAUCUAGGACUUUGUUAACUUCGGGAAUAGACUUUCGUUAAGAUACUGUCAUCUCAAUUUUCCUUUAUGAAAAGAUCCCCUAAUUAGAACUUUCUUUUUCAGAGCUGAUACAAAUUUAUCAACAACUGUUUUGGACAUUUAAAUCAUUUGAGAUUUUUUGUUUUAUAAUUUCUGUUCCAUAACUUGUAAAGACCAUGAAGAGAGGCAAAAAAGUUGAGUGUCUAGUCAGUACCUAUAUCUAUACCAUCUAGCUGUUAUUCAGUAAAAUACGACAUACAUUAUGGAUGCCCUGUUGUCCCAAGGAAUAAUUCUGAUUUAUUUAAACUUAUUACACUUCUAUAAUGCCUUUUUUUAUGUGUGUGUGAGGAAGACUGGCCCUGAGCUAACAUCCGUUGCCAGUCUUCCUCUUUUUGCUGAGGAAGAUUAGCCCUGAGCUAACAUCUGUGCCAAUCUUCCUCUAAUUUGUAUGUGGGUCACCACCACAGCAUGGCUUGCUGAGUGGUGCAUAGGUCCAUGCCUGGGAUCUGAAUCUGCGAACCCUGGGCUGCCAAAGCAGAGUGUGCGAACUUAACUGCUAUGCCACUGGGCCCGCCCCCUGUAAUGCGUUCUAAAUAGAACUCAUGGGUGCAUAAAUUGAGACAGUUUUCUUUGAAUAUAACAUAAAAUAAAUGUGAUUAUAUCACAAUAUAGUUUUUAAAAACUCUAAGUUGAAGGGGAGAAAUUAGAACAUGUAUCGAUCCAUUACCAAAAAUUUGCCUGGCAUUUAAGGAUGAAACUCCUAUAUAUUUGUCUAAACAUCAAAUUUCACAAAUUUGAAAUUUGCCUUAACGGAUUUGACCAGGUUUAAUAAUUUUCAUCUAACAUAAUGAAAGUUUGAACUGUUCAUCAAGAUAGGUAAAUUUACAUAUUGAUAGUACACAAUAACUUGCUCUUUGGGAAUGUUUUCCCGUCUGAGAAAUACAGAUAUACAGAUAUUUUGAUCUAAAUCGCCGUUUGAUUUAAGAACACUUAAAGCUCUGAUCUACUUAAUCUAAAGUUAACCUGGAUUUAUUUUUUAUUUGAUAAACUAUAAAUCUUGAAAGUCAUUUGUCAUCUUAAUAAAGAAAAUAUGUAGGGAAAAGCAAACUCUCAGAAAUGUUAAAAUAGUAUGUGGAAGUGAAAAAUGACAGAGUAUAUAAGUACAAGACCACUAUAAUAAUUUUUUAAAUUAAAUUGAUCUAUUAAAAGUGAUAUCUAGAAUUAACCUUAGAAACUUGUUCAAUAAAAAUAUUUUCUUGUAUAACAUGUUCUUUAAAAAGGAAACGAUGCCAUGUUUGAAGUCUUAAAGUCUAAAAAAAAGUUGCAUGAAACUUAUUUUCUUCUCUCCUUAUUCUUACUCUUAAAUUUCUAAGUUCAUCCAGCAAGUGAAAUACUUAAAGAAUAAGAGGAAGUAUUGGGUAGUACCAUAGUUAAUAAUUUGUAAAACUCUAGAAGCCAUUAUUAGGUCCGGUUUACAAUUUAGCAUUUUAAAAAUGUGUGGCUUUGUCUUCCCUUUAAAUAAUUAAAACAUAAAAGCAAACAAAAAACCAAAGCUACCUGACUAUAAAUAACAAAAGUUAACCCUCAAAGAAAAUUCUUCUUCUAAGUUCUCUUUAUGCUGGUAAAUAUCUCUAGAAUUAAAGGCACACAAAGAUUGACUCCAAUGUGUUCAUUCUAAGCUUUCCGUGUGCUUUCUUAUUGAACAAGUUUCUGAAGUAUAAAAUUUGAAUCUAAUUUCUCUGGAAGUGUUUUCACAAAAGAUAUUUCAAUCAAUAUUUUACGUUGCCUUUCCAAUGUUCAGAAGUGUUUCUAAGCUUAGAAAGUGACCUAUAGUUUUUGAGAAUUAUGUUUUCCUAGAAUGUGCCAGAUUUUUAAUUUAUUCACUACCUUUUUUUUCCCAGAUGCUUUGCUUCUGUUUAGAACAAAAAUGCAAUACAAUUUUUAAAGAACCGUACAUCUCUAAGUUGGCCCAAAAUCAAAUUCGAUAUUGAAUAAUUUAUUCCAGGCAAGAUUUCAUAAAUUAAAUCGCUUACGUUUCUUGUUAUACAUGUUGUUUUGAAAUAUUUCUAAGUAUUUAAAAUAAUUUCAACAGAAGAAGUACUAAUUGAUUUUUUUUAAAAAGAUUGUUGCAGCUCUUAUACUGUUUAAAGUGGUAAUAUUUAUUAUUUGCUUGGGUCAGAUGUUAAAAUAGUGUAGCAGUUCAUCUUCUUGCCUCAGUGCUGUUAGGAGAGUCACAAUAAAAACUGCAGAGAGCUGACAUGUUCAUAAAAACUAAUCUAGGGCAGCAUCAUAUGAAGCCACGUGUAAUGAUCAUCCCAUAAGGAAAGUAUGUGAAUAUGGCUUUUGCAAAGGAUUAAAUAUAUUGUAAUUUUAGCUCGUGCUCUGUACUAUGCUUUCAAUGGAAUUAUUUAAGCCCUUUUAGUGACUGUUGUCCUUGCCUGUUUAAAAACUAAAAUGUGGUAUAUAUUGUAUAAAAUGAAAAUAUCAUUGUAGCUUAAUUAGGGAAGUUGUACAUAGACAUUGAAAGGGUUAAAAACAAGCAGUUUUAUUAUGCAAUUGUAAAACACCAAAAAUAUAGAUUCAUCUUUGAUAUGUAACACACUAAAUGUAUUUUGUACAGCAUCUGGUUUAAAAGGUGCCUUAAGUUUACCGUUAAUUGCUUAUUCUAUAUAUAGAUUAUGUUCAAUGUAUCAUUUUUAAGUAAAUAACCUUAUUUUAGUAUACUUUA